AUGGCUCCCGGACUCCCUUUUCAUCCACUGGAUCCUCUUACCGCAGACGAAUUACGCUCUGCGUCCAAAAUCGUUCGAGCCUACAAGCCCGAUUUACUAUUCAACCAAAUCAUCUUUUACUCGAUUAUCCAAAACGAGCCUACAAAGAGUGAAUUUCGGAAAUGGAAGGCUGAUAGCAAGUAUUUGAUUCCUCGUGAGGCAUCAGUUAUUGUGGCACUGCUGAAUGCUGAUAAGACGAGAACGAUUGUUGAAACAACUGUUGAACUGGCACCCAAGGGGCAGGUUAAAAGCUGGAAAAUUGUUCCUGAUGUCGAACCAACGUAUAUUGGAGAGGAGCUUGAUGCUGUGGCAGCGUACUUGUUGAAGCACCCCAAAAUUAUCGAGGUAUGUGCUAAAUUCGGUCUUCGUAUGGAUCAGGUUGUCAUUGAUCCGUGGCCUCUGGGACGCUGGCCCGAACAUGAGGGCAAGAGAGUCUUCCAGUGCUUCAUGUAUGGACGGCUGUUUGAAGACGACAACUAUUACGCUCAUCCCUUGCCAAUAUGUCCAAUUGUCGACUGUAUUGCUAUGGAGAUGAUCAAACUCGACUACUUCCCCGAAAAGGAAACCAAGGCCGGUGUACCAAUGGCAACUGCCAACUAUGCCGCCAAGUAUAGCACUGAAUGGAAUGGUUUCCGUACUGACUUGAAACCAUUCCAGAUCACGCAACCUCAAGGAGCCAGUUUCAAAAUCGAGGGCCGACGUGUAACGUGGGCCAAUUGGUCCUUGACGGUUGGCCAAAACUAUCGAGAGGGGCUGGUACUCCACGAUAUAGUCUUUGAUGACAGACAAUCUGGUACCAAACGUCCGAUUUUGCAUCGGGCUAGUAUCAAUGAGAUGGUUGUUCCAUAUGGAGAUCCUCGAAUGCCGGUUCCACGUAAACACGCUUUUGAUAUUGGUGAACUUGGACUUGGAAAUCUCGCAAACCCGUUGGAAUACGGUUGUGAUUGUGUUGGCCAUGUCGAAUAUCUCGAUUUUGUCUUCGGCAACGGCGCCGGCGACGUUACAACCAUCAAGAAUGCCAUUUGCAUACACGAGGAGGACCAAGGUAUUCUCUGGAAGCAUACCGACUUUGCGACCAAGAAGGUCGAGGUCCGUCGAAACAGGAGACUCGUGAUUUCAUUCACAGCAACCCUCUUGAAUUACGAGUAUUGUGUAUACUGGUACCUGUGGUUAGACGGAGCUAUUCAGUGCGAGGUUAAGGCAACUGGAAUCUUGUCCGUCAUUGGUGCAUCUGAAGAUGGUGUGCCCAAAUAUGGAACGCUUGUGGCUCCUGGUGUCAAUGCAACCUUCCACCAACACCUGUUUUGUGCCAGAUUGGAUUUACCAGGCUCAAAUACUGUAACAGAAGUCGAUGUGGUGCCUGUGGUGGGCAAGGAGAAUCCAUAUGGAAACGCAUUUACAACGAAGGAAACCGUAUUGCAGUCUGAAAAAAUGAGUGCUGGCCGACUAGCUAAUCUCGAUACAGCCCGAACAUGGAAAGUCUUGUAUGAGGGUGAUCCACCUCAUAAGACGACAGGAAAGAUACCAGCUUAUAAGCUCUUCCCCACCAACUCCCAACCUCUUAUGGCCAACGAGGACUCGAUGAUUGCAAAACGGGCUGGAUUUGCAGGCAAACACCUCUGGGUUACGAAAGCAGACCCAGCGGAAUUCUGGGCUGCAGGAACUUUCAUCAACUUGACUAGCAAAAGUGAUGGAGUGUCGAAAUGGGUUGAAAAAGAUAGAAGGAUCGUCAAGGAAGAUUUAGUGAUGUGGCAUCAGUUUGGUCUGACGCAUUGUCCCAAGACGGAGGACUGGCCCAUUAUGCCCGUCGAGAUGACUGGAUUUGUAUAUAGGCCAGCGAACUUUUAUACAGUAACGCCAACCUUGGAUGUGCCACCUCAACAGACUGAUCAUUGUGGAUCAAAGACGUGCCAUGGUGAAGCUGCCAAACUGUAA